UCAGGGUCGGCUGGGGCGGGCGGUGCUUUCGGUCGCCCAUGCCCCCUUCUGCCCUCUCCACUCGCUGCGGGGGGAAGAAGCGUGAACUUGAACGCUACUGCCUGCUUUCCACCCGCUCAGCGCCAGUCCAGGCGGAGGCCAGCCAGCUAGUCUUGUCUUAUCAGUUCGUCCCCGCCGGUGGAGUCUCGGUCAGCUUAUCGGAGCCGAAGCAGCUGGACGGGCGGGGAGGGGGGUUCUGCUUUUUAGGGGGGUUUGGGACCCAGAAAGGUGCCCGACAAGGCGUCGCGAUGUCCAGGCGCAAACUUGGGAGCCGACCGCAGCACCUGAGUGCGAUUCAAGAUGUCUGUGAUAUGGAGGAAGCUGCCGACCCGCCAGGCGACCACCACCUUCCUCCUCCUCCUCUUCCACAGGUCCGAGCCCCAGAGGAUGACCUCCUGACCUGUGGGCAGUGCAGCCAGGCCUUCCCCCUGGCCCACAUCCUUGCCUUCAUCCAGCACAAGCAGGGUGGCUGCGUCUCAAGGAGCCCGGGCUCCGGGGCCACGCCCCCAUCACCCGCCGGUCGAGCCGGGCGCCAGCGGGUCGCCGGUGUGGAGCCGCAGCCCGGCUUCAUCGAGCUCCGGAGAGGGGCUUCCAGGGGCCGGUCCUGGGGGGACGAGACCGGCUUGAGCGUGAAGGCGGAGCUCAGCAAACCAGGAUGCGAAGAGCCCGCCUUUUUCACUUGCUUUCAGUGUGACGGCGUGUUCUGCUCGGCGUGGGCGCUGCUCCAACACGCCCAGCACACGCACUCCUUCAGCAUCUACCAGGAGGAUGAGGACGACGACACCUACAUGGGAGGAAGAGAGGGUCUGAAAGAGAACAAGUCCGCAGCAGCCGUUCUGGACCCGCGCCACCUGAACCAGGCUCUCGCCUCCGCCUUCCAGCCCACCGCCCAGUGGCGCUCGCGUCAGAACCAAGCUAGCCUCCAGGCCAUGAACUUCUCCGUGCGACUCCGGGAACUCGCUGAGGGGAACAACACAGGCCUCAGUUCCCCCAUGGCGCCCGUGUUGUCUCCGUCCUCGUCUCCGCCGGCAGCGUCGACGUUUCCUCAGCCUGGCGCCCUCCAGGCUGAUUUUCACUGCGAGCUGUGCGACCAGAAUUUCCACUCGCUGCGCGCCCUGUCUGCCCACCGCCGGACUCACGCCUGCGACAGGCCCUAUCACUGCGGGGUGUGUGGGCAGGCCUUCGCUCAGAGCGGGCAGCUCGCUCGCCACAUCAGGGGCCACCACCGGGAGGCUGCAGGCGGAGGAAGUGGGUGCGAGUCGGUGGAGGCGGUUCUGGUGGAGGAGGAUACUGGGAGGCAGGGGGCCCGGGGAAGGCUUCAGGGGCCAGGGAUGAUGGGAAAAGAGCUGGAUCUGACCCUCCCCAAGCACCCGACCGUAGCUUCAGGCCUAAUGCUGUUGAACUCCCAUCUCAGACCACCGGACAGGGAGCUGCUGAGGCUCUACCCAAACCACAGGGCCGGAGGCGAGGAGGCGGCGGAAGGGCAGGGGGAGCCGCAGCCCGCGUCGCCCUGCGCCAGCCCCUCCGAAGGCUCCCUAGAGAGCGGAGAUACGGGAGGAAGCGGGGAGAGCGGCAUUGCCAGUGGCAACUGCACGCCCAAACGCCCAGAAAUGGGCGAGAGAGCACGGGGGGUUGGAGAGUGGGAGAACGAACAAGGAGAACUCGUUGAGAGGGAGAAGGAGUGGGCCUCCGGCGUGCAAGAGUGGCAGAGAGACUUUGAGCGGCGAAGCGCCGCAGGAGCCGCCAUCGCCGGCGCGAACGCCAACUCCACUCCAGGUCCCGCUGGGAAGAAGAAGAAAGAUGAGGCCUGCGAGUUCUGUGGUAAGCAGUUCAGAAAUAGCAGCAACCUGACCGUGCACCGCCGAAGCCACACGGGUGAGCGGCCGUACCGCUGCGGCCUCUGCAACUACGCCUGCGCCCAGAGCUCAAAGCUGACUCGCCACAUGAAGACCCACGGUGCCCAGGGGGCCAAGGCCUCCUUCCUGUGCCAGCUGUGUGCCGUGCCCUUCACCGUGUACGCCACCCUGGAGAAACACCUGAAGAAGGUCCAUGGCCUGAGCCACGCCAACGUUGGGGCGUACGCGCAGGCCAGCGCCGCAGAUACCUUGGCCGCUUUGAGAGCGGGAGAGGAAACGGGAGUCGGGGUGGUGAAGAUGGAGGAGGAUGAGGUGGGUCUGGAGAGCAAGGCGCAGGGUUACGCAGAAAAAGACAUGAAGGUGGAAGAAGGUAGAGGGAGUCCAGCAGCAGUGGAGGAUCUUCCACAUGAAAGCAUUGCUGAGGCGAGCCUAGCUUUGGCUUCUGCUCACUGAAUCAGGUUAAAGUGGCGGAGACGCCGCAUGACUGUCAGCAGCAGGUCGCAACAACCGAGGCCCGCUGCAGCCAGCAGUUAUUCAUAAUCGACAGCAAAGCUGCUGGCUGAAACUAAGUGCCUACAGUUCUUCAGACCACAGAGAAAAACAAGUCCGUGACAUUCAGCAGGGAGAUUACCAUACCUCGUGAACAGGAAGUGCACUGCCGCAGUCCACACCAACACAGGAAACUGAUCACCAUGCUGCAGCGCAAAAUGCAAGAGAACAAGAGCGUUUCAUGUCUGUAUCGACCCACUGGACAGAUGGCGACGCAUCAACCCAAUCAGAAGAGAUUAUGCUGUGUAAAAAAAAAAAAAAUUAAAAAG